AUGACAAAAUUCUACCAGCACAUCCUUGCCUUGGCAUUUGCGGUAAAAGAGAUAAAUGAGAAUCCCAACCUCUUGCCCAAUGUCACACUGGGCUUCCACAUCUACGACAGCUAUUACAAUGCAAGGAUUACAUAUCGUAACACUCUGGACCUGCUCUUUGAAAUGCGUAGAUUUGCUCCCAACUACAAAUGUGACUCGCAGAGAAACCUCAUAGCCAUAAUUGGAGGACUUAGCUCUGAUACCUCCUUCGAUAUGGCUGAUACCUUAAGCCUCUACAAAAUUCCACAGCUUGCAUAUGGCUCAUUUCCGCAAGAGGAGAGUGAUAUAGAUCACUUGCUUUCCUUUUACCGCAUGGUGCCCAAUGAAGCUCAUCAAUAUAUGGAGAUUAUCAGCUUGCUUCAGCAUUUUGGAUGGACAUGGGUUGGACUCUUUGUUAUGGAUGAUGAAGGAGGAGAAAAAUUCUUGCAGGCCUUGGAGCCCAUGCUUUACCAGCAUGGGAUCUGUUCAGCCUUCACACAAAGAAUGGAAAAAGUAGCUCAUUUUGAUAAGUUGGAUGAACUUUUUGACAUACUCGAAAGUUAUUAUGUGUGUCUCACAAAUGACAAAGCCAAUGCAUUCAUUGUCUAUGGAGAUUCUCAGACAUUGACCUGGCUGAAAUUUCUUAUAUUUCUACGAGAUCCUGCAAAUAAGGAAAUCACAUCAAUUAGAAAGCUCCACUAUUUUCUGCAAGGCAUUUUAUUUAACAACUCAGCAGGAGAAACAAUGUCCUUUAAUGAAAAAAGGGAACUGAGAGGUGGAUUUGACAUCACAAACAUGAUCACAUUCCCUAACAAGUCCUUCCUUCAGGUGAAAGUUGGAUGUGUUGAUCCUGAUGCUCUUGAAGGAAAAACAUUCAUUUUUCAUGAAGAUAUGAUUGUGUGGCACAGAGGUUUUAAUCAGGUGAUUCCCAUUUCUCUGUGUAAUGACCACUGCCAACCAGGCAAUCAGAAGAAAAAGAAAGAAGGGGGAAAGUUUUGCUGCUAUGGCUGUGCUCCAUGUUCAGAAGGGGAAAUUUCAAACCAGGAUGAUAUAAAUGACUGCUUCAGAUGCCCAAAAGCUCAGUAUCCGAAUAAGAACAAAACUGCCUGCACUGAGAAAAUGAUGAGCUUCCUUUCUUAUAAAGAACCUUUAGGGAUUAGUUUAGCAUCAGUUGCCCUUUCAUUCUUCCUCAUCACAGCUUUGGUGCUAGGAAUAGUCAUUAACAUGAUAACAAAAUUCUACCAGCACAUCCUGGCCUUGGCAUUUGCUGUAAAAGUGAUAAAUGAGAAUCCCAACCUCUUGCCCAAUGUCACACUGGGCUUCCACAUCUAUGACAGCUAUAAUGAUGCAAGGAUGACCUAUCGUAACACCAUGGACCUGCUCUUUAAAAUGCAUAGAUUUGCUCCCAACUACAAAUGUGACUUGCAGAGAAACCUCAUAGCCAUCAUUGGAGGACUUAGCUCUGAUACCUCCUUCCAUAUGGCUGACACCUUAAGCCUCUACAAGAUUCCACAGCUUGCAUAUGGCUCAUUUCCACAAAAGGAGAGUGAUAUAGAUCACUUCCUUUCCUUUUACCGCAUGGUGCCCAAUGAAGCCCAUCAGUAUAUGGCGAUAAUCAACUUGCUUCAGCAUUUUGGAUGGACAUGGGUUGGACUCUUUGUCACGGAUGAUGAUGGAGGAGAAAAUUUCUUGCAGGCCCUGGAGCCUCUGUUUUACCAGCAUGGGAUCUGUUCAGCCUUCACAAAAAGAAUGCAGAAAACAUAUCAUUUCGAAAUGAUGCAUGAUGUUUUUGACAUAUUCAAAAGUUAUUAUGUGGGUCUCACAAAUGAUAAAGCCAAUGCAUUCAUCGUCUAUGGAGAUUCUCUGUCACUGAGCUGGCUAAGAUUUCUUAUAUUUCUACGAGAUCCUGAAAAUAAGGAAAGCUCAACAUUUAGAAAGGUGUGGAUCAUGACAACACAAAUUGAUUUCAUACUAUUGAGUUAUCAAAAGUUUUUGGAUCUUGAGCCUUUUGAAGGUGCCAUUUCCUUUACCAUUCACUCAAAAGACCUUCUCGAGUUCAAUGAAUUUCUUCAGAUCAUAAAACCUUACUGGAACACAGCAGAUGGUUUUCUCAAGGUCUUCUGGGAGCAAGCAUUUGACUGUACAUUUCCAGAUCUGAUCAUGCAAGUUAAUGAAACCUGUACAGGGGAGGAGAAGUUAGAGUAUCUUCCUGGGCACCUGUUUGAAAUGGACAUGACUAGCCACAGCUACAAUAUCUACAAUGCUGUCUUUGUUGUGGCUCAUGCUUUGCAUGCUAUUUAUUCAUACAGAUCAAAGCACAGAGCACUGGGGGGAGAAAAAAAGCUUGAACUUCAAGAUCUGCAGCCUUGGCAGCUCCACUAUUUUCUGCAAGGCACUUUAUUUAACAACUCAGCAGGAGAAGCAAUGUCCUUUAAUGAAAAAAGGGAACUGAGAGGUGGAUUUGACAUCACAAACAUGAUCACAUUCCCAAACAAGUCCUUCCUUCAAAUGAAAGUUGGACAAGUUGACCCUGAUGCUCUUGAAGAAGAAGCAUUCAUCAUUCAUGAAGAUUUGCUUGCAUGGCACAGAGGAUUUAAUCAGGUGACUCCCCUUUCUCUGUGUAAUGACCACUGCCACCCUGGGAAUCAGAAGGGAAAAAAAGAAGGGGAAAAGUUUUGCUGCUACGGCUGUGCUCCAUGUUCAGAAGGGGAAAUUUCAAACCAGUAUGAUAUGACUAAUUGCUUCAGAUGCCCAAAAGCUCAGUAUCCGACCAAGAACAAAACUGCCUGCAUUGAGAAAACGAUGACCUUCCUUUCUUAUGAAGAACCUUUAGGGAUCAGUUUGGCAUCAUUUGCCCUUUCUUUCUUCUUCAUCACAGCUUUGGUGCUAGGAACAUUCAUUAAGUACAGAGACACUCCCAUAGUUAAAGCCAACAACCGGGACCUCACCUACUCUCUCCUUGUCUCUCUCCUGCUCUGCUUCCUCUCUUCCUUGUUAUUUCUGGGUGAACCUAGCACAGUCUCCUGCCUCCUCCGGCAACCAACGUUUGGCAUCAUCUUCUCAAUGGCCAUUUCUUGUGUGCUGGCCAAAACUAUCACUGUAGUUCUAGCUUUCAUGGCCACCAAGCCAGGGUCCAGCAUGAGGAAGUGGGUAGGGAAAAGACUGGCCUACUCAGUUGUGCUUCCCUGUUCUCUUAUUCAAUCAACUAUCUGUACUGUGUGGUUGAUGACAUCUCCCCCAUUCCCUGAUCUGGACAUGCACUCUUUAGCAGAAGAAAUCAUUGUGCAAUGUAAUGAAGGGUCAGUCACCAUGUUUUAUUGUGUCCUGGGCUACAUGGGCCUCUUGGCCAUUGCCAGCUUCGUUGCUGCAUUUGCAGCCCGCAAGUUACCUGACAGUUUUAAUGAAGCCAAGUUCAUUACCUUCAGCAUGUUGCUCUUUUGCAGUGUUUGGCUGUCUUUUUUUCCAGCCUACCUGAGCACAAGUGGAAAGAGCAUGGUGGCUGUGGAGAUCUUCUCCAUCUUGGCCUCCAGUGCUGGGUUAUUGGGCUGCAUCUUUGCCCCUAAAUGCUACAUCAUUGUUCUGAGGCCUGAACUGAACAACAGGGAUCAACUUAUAAGAAGAAAUAAUUAA